UGUCAGGUAACCAAUAAAUUGCAGGUGAUUAGGGUACUUAUUAAAUUUAGACCUUGAACUAUUCAUUCCAACUGGUAUAAAUUCGCGCGCAGUUCAUUCCAGUUCCACUGACUUCAACAUGAAGACCUUUCAUCAUGUGUUCGUGAUGUGCACGCUGGCAUUUCUAGUUUGGGAGGCCGCUGCAACUGUGGAAACUGUUGAAUUCGAACCAGAUUAUCACACCCGGCAUUUGACAUCUUGGAAGAUUGAAGUGGAAAGAGUGACAUCAGAAUCGGACUAUGAAAAACGGCAUGAAAAAUACAAAGAUAAAGAACUUGCUAUUUUCUUCUUUAACGACGAUACGGAUGCAAAAAAAGACGAUGACGUAAAGUUCAAGGCUAAUGCUGCGAGAGAGUUCGCAACAUAUGGUGUUGAAAAUGGAGUUUACCUUAUUGUUCCUAGAGAAAUCCUCACUAAAGAUUUCAUACAAAAACAUGAUCUGCCAUCUCACAAUAAUCUUUGGUUUGACUUAAAAAAUAAGAACGAACACUUCACUGUUACUGACAAAGCUAAAUAUGACAAAAGACAUGAAGAGUACAAGGCUUUCACCAAGAUUUACACUUUCUUUCACAACUACAAGCCGGGCUGCCUAAAGAUACGAGGUGAAAGCCAAAAGAAUUGCCUGGAUUCGGAUAUAGAAAAUAUAAGGGAUUGGUACACACUGAGUUACUGGUCAUCCUAUAUUCGGAUCGUUCUGCUCACAGUGCAUGUGGAUGUUGUCAAUGAGGAUGUCAUAAAGGACCUCUGUCCAAAGCUUGGAGUACCGCUAGAGUAUCCUGCAAUGUACUCAGAAAACCACUCUGGGUUGUACAAAGUAAACGGCCGAUUCAAUGGAAAAUUCAGUGAUAAAUUUAAAGAUUAUUCAGCACGAAGGUCGUGCUACAACCGGGUAAACGCUGACUCCGAGGAAGACUAGGUACUUAGCAAGAAAAUCCGCUAGUUCCAGACAUCAAACAAAGAAUUAAAUUUCCAUUUGGAUUUAUUCUACCUUAACCUUUCUACUAAUUUAAGGCAAAAAUAUUCUUAAUUAAUUCUUAAUUAGCUUAGUGAUUGAACGAUUUGAGUUAAACUUGUAAAAUAAUUUAAAUUUUCCUUUUAUCUUUAUAACUGGCUACACAAGUUCAAGCCUUUGUAAGUAACACAAAAGACAUUUAACUCAAACCCAUUUGAUCUCACAGUUCGGUAAACGUGUUGUAGUUACUUGUGUUUUAAGAAAUAAGUAGUUUCGUGUUUGUUGUGAUUAAAGUUUUUAUUUAAACUGUGCUGUGAAAACGUCGCUUGAUUGAAUAUCUCCCUGGAAAAACUUUCCAGCUGCCGUUUUGGAAACUUUACAGGAACUAGAAAAAACCACGAAAAGAGAAUAGACAAAAUUUUUCCAUGGUUAUAGUCAAAAGAAUGUUUUUAGGAUUUCUUAAAGUAAUAGUCUGAAAUAUUAAGUUUUUAAAUUUUUAAGUGUAAAUUUAGUGGAAAACAUCACUUGGGUACAGUUGAUAUCACAUGCAACGUUUUUACACUGAAACUUUGCACCCUAGAAUACUGGUGUUUGGGAUUUUUGUAAAGAACAAAGUUUGAUAGCUCCCAGGUAUCAUUAUUUAUUAUUGCUGAGGUAUAGAAAUUGUCAAAAUGCAACAAAUAUUGUAUCGUACCUUUGUCCGUCUUCAGUCUUUUUAUAGAGGCUAGUCCAAGGAUUCUUAGACUACUAUUUAAAGGCAAACAAAGGUACAUAACCUAUAAUACCAUUUCAAUUAAAAAUCAGUUUUGAUUGCAAGAUUAUUCAAACUUAUUAUGCUACGCUGUCCAAGGAGAUACCAACGGCAUUGCAAACAAAAUUACCAAAUAUGCAAUUUGACACAUACUACUAUUUGAAAGUGUAGUUUUUGUGAUGAAAUUGUGAAAUUACAUAUCAAUGUAUAGAUUAGCUCUUAAGAUU